AUGCGAUUUGCGCUCGAUCAUCAAAGUCUGAAUCAUGUCAUCAAUCUUACAACGCCGUCUCCACCUUUGCUUCUCAGAACCUCCGAGCUCAACUAUUGGCCAAUAUCCGAACCAUUUGAAGAUACUCGAACCACGAGCCCAACGCUGAAUGAGUCAAAAGACACAGUAAUCAAAAUUCGUCUCCCUCUUCCACACGGCUCUUCACGAGAUAUUGCGAACUCAGAUCAGUAUACAAAGAGAAGAGAGAAGUCUGACCCUAUCAUCUCAGUAACACGGCGCUUUUUUUCAGACCCUUUAAAGCAAGUCUUGAGCCAUAAAGCUGCUGAUGAGUAUAUAAAUCACCAGAUAUCGAAAGAGAAACAGGAAUCACAAUACUUUAGGGACUGGUAUCUGGAUGAAAGGAGAUUGCAGCUCAUUAAUGCAAUAAAUGGUCAGCCCUUAACUUAUAAAAAGAUUGCUCGACUUUGUGUUGCGGCGAUCGAACACGAUAUCAUGGCAAAGACUUUGGCAAGGUGUAAAGACCAGUUUGCGGCUUUUGAUCUAACUGAUCAGGCGAGAGUCAUAAAAUCUUCGGCAAAUAUUGCUCUACCUCCUGAGAAACCUAUAAGGAAGGAUUUUUGGGCAACAGUCAUGCAAGCUCCUGCAGAUAUUAAUACACCUUCUAGUAAUCCUCCAAAAAGGAAAUUAGCAAAAUCCACACAAGAUUCUACAAAUCCAACUGCUUCUCAAACCCGUGCAAGGAAUGAUUUCUGGGAAAUAGUCAUGCGAACAUCGGAAAAUAAACCUUCUUCUGAAAAGGUCUUGAGGAAUAACUCUUCGGGGAUAACUACGCGAAAGCAAACUCAAUUUCUCAAAAGAAGCAUUCAAGAAAGGAGCUUUUGGUAG